GACGGCUGGGAGCUUUGGCUGGGGCGGUGGGGCUAGUGCCGGGUGCCGCGUCCUGCUCCCUUUGACGCCCCCCUAGCGCGAAUAGCCGUCGCCAUGUCGUCGGUGAGCCCUAUCCAGAUCCCCAGCCGCCUCCCGCUGCUGCUCACCCACGAGGGCGUGCUGCUGCCCGGCUCCACCAUGCGCACCAGCGUGGACUCGGCCCGCAACCUGCAGCUGGUGCGGAGCCGCCUGCUCAAGGGCACGUCGUUGCAGAGUACUAUCCUGGGGGUCAUCCCCAACACGCCCGACCCGGCCAGCGACGCGCAGGACCUGCCGCCGCUGCACAGGAUUGGGACGGCUGCCCUGGCGGUUCAGGUUGUAGGCAGCAACUGGCCCAAGCCCCACUAUACUUUGCUGAUUACAGGCCUGUGCCGUUUCCAGAUUGUGCAGGUCUUGAAGGAGAAGCCAUAUCCUGUUGCCGAAGUGGAACAGUUGGACCGGCUUGAGGAAUUUCCCAACACCUGUAAAACUAGGGAGGAGCUAGGAGAACUAUCAGAACAGUUUUACAAAUAUGCAGUACAGUUGGUGGAAAUGUUGGAUAUGUCUGUCCCUGCAGUUGCUAAAUUGAGACGCCUUUUAGAUAGUCUUCCAAGGGAAGCAUUACCAGACAUUCUGACCUCAAUUAUUCGAACAAGCAACAAAGAGAAGCUCCAGAUUUUAGAUGCUGUGAGUCUAGAGGAGCGGUUCAAGAUGACCAUACCGCUGCUUGUCAGACAAAUUGAAGGCCUGAAAUUGCUUCAGAAAACCAGAAAACACAAGCAAGAUGAUGAUAAGAGGGUUAUAGCAAUACGUCCUAUUAGAAGGAUUACACACAUCCCAGGUGCCUUAGAAGAUGAGGAUGAGGAUGAAGAUCAUGAUGACAUUGUCAUGCUAGAGAAAAAAAUACAAACAUCCAGUAUGCCAGAGCAGGCCCACAAAGUCUGUGUCAAAGAGAUAAAAAGACUCAAAAAAAUGCCUCAGUCGAUGCCAGAAUAUGCUCUGACUAGAAAUUAUUUAGAACUUAUGGUGGAACUGCCUUGGAACAAAAGUACAACUGACCGUCUGGACAUUCGAGCAGCCCGGAUUCUUCUGGAUAAUGAUCACUAUGCUAUGGAAAAAUUGAAGAAAAGAGUGCUGGAAUACCUGGCUGUCAGACAGCUGAAAAACAACCUGAAGGGCCCCAUUCUUUGCUUUGUUGGCCCUCCUGGAGUUGGUAAAACAAGUGUGGGAAGAUCAGUGGCCAAGACUCUUGGUCGAGAGUUCCACAGGAUUGCACUUGGAGGAGUGUGUGAUCAGUCCGACAUUCGAGGACACAGGCGUACCUACGUUGGCAGUAUGCCUGGUCGUAUAAUCAAUGGCUUGAAGACUGUUGGGGUUAACAAUCCAGUGUUCCUAUUAGAUGAGGUGGACAAACUAGGAAAAAGUCUGCAGGGUGAUCCUGCAGCAGCUCUGCUUGAGGUGUUGGAUCCUGAACAAAACCAUAACUUCACAGAUCAUUAUCUAAAUGUGGCCUUUGACCUUUCCCAAGUUCUUUUUAUAGCUACUGCCAACACAACUGCUACUAUUCCACCUGCCUUGUUGGACAGAAUGGAGAUCAUUCAGGUCCCAGGGUAUACACAAGAAGAGAAGAUCGAGAUUGCCCACAGGCACUUGAUCCCAAAGCAGCUGGAACAGCAUGGGCUGACUCCUCAGCAGAUUCAGAUCCCACAGGUUACUACUCUUGACAUCAUCACCAGGUAUACCAGAGAGGCAGGGGUUCGCUCUCUGGAUAGGAAGCUUGGAGCCAUUUGCCGAGCUGUUGCUGUGAAGGUGGCAGAAGGACAACAUAAAGAAGCCAAGUUGGACCAUUCUGAUGUGGCUGAGGGAGAAGGUUGUAAAGAACACAUCUUAGAAGAUGCAAAACCUGAAUCUAUCAGUGACACUACGGACUUAGCCCUACCACCCGAAAUGCCGAUUUUGAUUGAUUUCCAUGCUCUGAAAGACAUCCUUGGGCCCCCAAUGUAUGAAAUGGAGGUGUCUGAGCGGUUGAGUCAACCAGGAGUGGCAAUAGGUUUGGCCUGGACCCCCUUAGGUGGGGAAAUCAUGUUCGUGGAGGCAAGCCGAAUGGAUGGCGAAGGUCAGCUGACUCUGACUGGCCAGCUAGGAGAUGUCAUGAAGGAGUCUGCCCAUCUCGCGAUUAGCUGGCUCCGCAGCAACGCGAAGAAAUACCAUCUGACCAAUGCUUCUGGAAGUUUUGAUCUUCUUGACAACACAGACAUCCAUCUGCACUUCCCAGCUGGUGCUGUCACAAAAGAUGGACCAUCUGCUGGAGUUACCAUAGUAACUUGUCUCGCCUCACUUUUUAGUGGGCGGCUGGUGCGUUCGGAUGUAGCCAUGACUGGAGAAAUCACAUUGCGGGGUCUCGUUCUUCCAGACUAACAUGAAGUGAAAGCCAAAACAGGACUGCAUCAUCACCCAGUCAACAGCACCUGGAAGAUUAAUGUCUGUAGCAAGGAAAACUAUAUCCUCUCCCUGUAGGGUUGUAAUGGACUUAUGCUGAUGCAUCAGAUGGGGCAUUACAGCAUCCAAAGAGCCUUGCCAUUUACAGGAAGCACCGGGGCACGGACACGAAUAAGGCCUAAACUCACAGAGCUCUUCAUGGUCUGCUUUUUCUGUGUGUGGCAGAGUUAUUUCACAUCCAGAAGAGGCAUAUUUACAAGGGAAAAGUACGGAAUUGGCCACCUUCUCCAUAGCCAAGUUGCGAAUGGAUCCCAACGGGCCCCGGCAGGUUGGACAACAUGUGAGCUUUGGGCGACAGUUGCUACAAACAAGAUGGCCACUCUGACACUGAAGAAUGGGUGGUAACACAUAGUCAAAGCAGACCGGACACUCAAAAAGACUCGCCAAGUCAUUAUUGGAUGCGGUUGUGCCAGUCAGGGCAGGCACCCUCUGGGACGGCGUACACUUUGAGGUUCCAGUGGGUAAUGCUGUUGCAGUCUGGCGGCUCAUUUCUGUAACAAAAACCAUAAAUAAAAAUAAAAAGAGGCAGGAGAAAAAUAA